AUGGUCUCAUCCCCCUUGAAUCCUCUCGAGACAGACAUGCACCCGCUUCAGAUCUAUGCUCCUGUAUUCUCUGAAGAAGACAUCUUUCUGGGAGUUAUUCCUCAACCCCCCUCCGAGGAACUGGCAACUUUGCAGGAUGCUAUCGCGUUCGGUCGGUGGCAGUUUAACAAGUCUGGCACGGACGACUGGGCUAUAGUACCCUUAAGACCUAUUGCUGGACUGACAAAUGUGACAGUGCGCAUGCUUCAGCUGGCGAAUUCUGUGAUCAUGCGAGGAAACAGAUAUCCAGAUGGUCAUGAUAGCAAGUCAUCUCAUGAUUUGACUAGAGGCCUGGUCAUGUACAGAGACAUGACACUGGGUCCCAGAAACGGACCUAUUAUUUAUUGGAACCUCACGGGAUUAGGUGAUUCGUUGUCUGAGCUGCAUGACAAGCCAAUACCCCGCGAAGAUGUCAUUGAUCCUCGCGUAACGAUCAACACGCUCAAUCUCCGAAAUGUGUACAAUCUCAUGGCAGCAGAAUUCGAGAAAGUCAAGCACGAAGCGAUAGAGUUCAAGUUGUCCAGUCAGGGCUCUGUCGGACUUGGCCGUGGUAUCCCUCGCAGGCGAGGACGACCGCGCAAAAGUAGGUGGACAUAG